GUAGAGCACCAUGAGUCAUUUUUCAAUUCAGCUUGUGGCAUUACUUUCACUCACGCUUUUGCUUCCAAAUACGCAUGGAUGGGGAGAUGAUGGCCAUGUCAUUGUUUGCAAGAUAGCCCAGGCUCGCCUGAGCAAAACUGCUGCAGAGGCUGUGCAAAAGCUGUUGCCAAAAUCUGCAGGAAACGAUUUAUCGACUAAGUGCUCGUGGGCAGAUCAUGUUCAUCAUAUAUAUCCCUGGUCCUCUGCUUUGCACUAUGCAAAUACUCCUGAUGCCGUUUGCAGUUACAAAAACAGCAGGGAUUGUAUAGAUUACAAAAAAGGAAUUAAGGGGCGAUGUGUUGUGGCUGCCAUCAACAAUUACACAACGCAACUUCUCCAAUAUGGCAGUGAAACAAAAUCCAAAUAUAACCUCACACAAUCUCUUUUCUUCCUUUCACAUUUUGUGGGAGAUAUCCACCAGCCUCUACAUUGUGGUUUUCUCUCCGAUAGUGGAGGCAAUACAAUUAAAGUUAAAUGGUACACAAGGAAGCAAACUCUUCACCAUGUUUGGGAUCAAAUCAUACUUCAAACAGAAGUUGACAAAUUUUAUGACUCAGACAUGGGCGAGUUCGUGGAUGCAAUUCAACAGAAUAUUACGAAAGUAUGGGCGAACGAAGUAGAAGAGUGGGAACAGUGCGGUGACAAUGAUCUUCCAUGCCCAGCUCAAUAUGCAUCUGAAAGUACCAUAGAUGCUUGUAAAUGGGCAUAUAAAGAUGCCACGGAAGGUUCAGUGCUAAGUGAUGAUUACUUCCUGUCACGUUCACAAAUAGUGAAUUUGCGGUUAGCUCAAGCAGGAGUUCGUUUGGCUGCUAUUCUUAAUCGUGUUUUUGACAGAAAGCUUUCGUCCUCGAUGUAGUUUAUGGAAAGAGGAAUAAAGUGCCGUCUAAUUCCUGAGCUUAAUUUUAAGUGCACUAGUCUUUGUGAUUGUUGAGUUCACAUGUUUAUGUAACACUCGACAAAAUCAAGUCUAUGAAAUUUCAACUUAUAAAGGGUUCAUCUAUUAAUUUGGAAUGUGCUUGUAGAAGACACUCUAUAACUCAAGUUAACCACGACAAAGUAUUA